AUGACUAUAUCUUUACCCUUUAUUACUUCGGCCCCCGGUAAAGUCAUCUUAUUUGGUGAACACUCUGCAGUGUAUAAUAAACCCGCUAUUGCUGCAAGUGUCUCAUCGUUGAGAACGUAUUUGCUAAUUUCCGAGUUAAAUGAGCCGAAUACAAUUGAAUUGGAUUUCCCUGAUAUCGAAUUCAGUCAUAAAUGGAAUACCAAUGAGCUACUGAAUCUGAAGCCGUUACAUUCUCAUUCCAAUGACGAGCAGCUCUCUGAAUUACAAAAGGAUCAAUUAGAACCAUUUCUAUCUGAAAUUUCAAAUAAAUUACAUGGGCACGCUGCUUUUUGCUUCCUUUACUUAUUUGUCAACAUUUGCCAAGAUUUGCAUCACACUGCUUUGAAAUUCACCCUAAGAUCAACUUUACCCAUUGGUGCAGGUCUAGGGUCAUCUGCUUCAAUAUCCGUAGCGUUAGCGAUGGCAAUGUUAGAAUUACAAGAUGUCAUCCCCAGGGACAAAGAUCAAAUUAAUAAGUGGUCAUACAUUGGUGAAAAAUGCAUUCAUGGCAAUCCAUCAGGUAUAGAUAAUUCAGUAGCCACUCAUGGUGGCGCUAUUUUUUUCAAGAAAGGUGAAGAAUUCAAACAGUUACGUAGUAAAAACAAAAUAGACCUUAUAUUAACGGACACACGUAUCCCUAGAUCAACAAAAGCAUUAGUGGCUAACGUUAAAGCUCUCUAUGAUAAAGAACCAAAAUUAAUAGAAUCAAUAUUAGAGUCAAUGGAAACUGUCUCCCUACGUGGAGCUGACGCAUUAAUUAAUGGUGACAAUGAGACUUUACACACAUUAGUAAGGAUAAAUCACGGCCUAUUGACAUCAUUGGGUGUCUCGCACCCAGGCCUUGAAAAGAUUAAAAUCUUAAGUGACGAACUGGGUAUUGGUGAAACAAAGUUAACAGGUGCAGGAGGCGGUGGAUGUGCAUUCACUAUAUUGAAAGCAGGAUACAAUACCGAACAAGUACGACUAUUCAAGCAAACGCUAGAAAAAGAAUUAAAUUAUAAAACUUUUGAAACAGAUUUAGGUGGGAUUGGCUGCUCAUUAUUGAAAUCUAAUUCUCUAGAUAAAGGAAUGUUAGAAAAGAUUCUAUCAGUGUUCCAGAACAAAAAGACAACCUCACAAGAAAUCGACGAAAUUCUAUUACCAAACUCUGAAACAAAGCUACCAUGGAUAUGUUAA